AUGUCAAAUGAUGCAAUGGACGGAAUGGCGAAACAGCUAUUGAAGGCUCUGAGGGCGUGUUCGACAGCCACCUUCCCCCCUCCCCUGGGGGAACAGGAGGAGCACUUACAUACCGACAGCCUUUCAGUAUCAGCAAAUCAGCUAUUUGUCCAGGACCUCAAGGAAGAUCCCAGAGCCUUGCUUGUAUGGCAAUUGGGGCUGUGGGCCACUGCACUGAACAUCCAAGGAGCUGGAGGGUGUGGCUGGCCCUAUAAAUGCUGGCCGCUGAAAAGGCAUCUCAAGAAGCUGGCGGUUGCACUUAAAAAUAUAUCCGUACCGUGUACCAGCUACUACAGCCCCACAGUAACCUGA